CUUUGAAGCAGACUUUCUCAAAACAAUAUGGUCUCGAAAAUCAAAGUUCUUGCUCCGACUGCAACAUUGGAUUUGCAUCCCAGUGUCAGGUGUGAGAUCGACUUGAUUGAUAUGAAUGUCUGUUCCGAUAUCCGUAUAUAUUCCACUCCUCACAUACUGAGCACUCAUUCACCUCUCCCGCGAACAAUGCGGUUCCUCUUCCUUCUUGCAAUAUGCAUCGCUACUUCGCUUCAGAUGGCUACGAUACCGGAUAAAUUUUUUGGAAGAUUUACUUUGGAGCGGAGCGAGAAUUUCGACGAAUUUUUAGCAGCAAAAGGAGUAAACUGGAUAAUCCGCAAAAUGAUCCAGCUUGCCAGCGUGACCAAAGUAUUCGCCAAAAACCCGGUAGCAGGUUACAAUUAUGAAAAUCUGACGUCCAAGAAGAAUACGCUGUAUCACGGAUGGAAGCUCGGUGAGACCUUCGAAGCUGACGGUUUGGAUGACAAACGUCAUAAUAUAACAUUCACUUACGAAAAUGACACCCUGAACGAAAAGCAUGUUCGACUGGAUGACCCCAAUGACAAAGGAGAAACUUAUCAUUACAACAUUGAUGAAAACGAUAGGCUGGUCUUGAAAAUGGAGAACAACAACAUCACUUGCCGCAGAUGGUUCAAACGAGAGAAACAAUAAGCAGACCUCACAUCACUACCAUAUCACUCUAUCGCUCAUUGCACAGCUUCCUAAACUUACAACUGACACCUCUUGACGCUAUUGCCCUGUCUUACUGAUAAAGUGCUUUUUUCCG